AUUUUGUCAAACUGCAGGUGUUAUGUCCUCACUUCCGCAUCUUUGGUGGGGAGAAAAAUGUUGCCGCGCCAAAUAAAGUGAUGCCGCUGCAUUGAGCCCGAAAUAGCCCAGCUCAAAUGUCGGGCGGGCUGUACGUACUGCUGAACAUUGGCCGAUGAGCAGGUAAGAUGUGAAGGAUAGAAUUAUACCGCCUGUAUGACAUAAAUCGACAUCGACAGUGAAGAUAUAUCGAUUAGUAUUUUAAAGGACACACGGUAAGGAGAUUGCCCUGAACCGUUACCAUGGAGACGAGGACCCUGGAGAUGCUGCAGCACCAGUCAUGUGACCUGCUGGAGGGUCUGAAGCAGCUGCUGGAUGAUGGGAUGCUCACGGACGUCACCCUGCGUGUGCAGACCUGGAGGUUCGCCUGCCAUCGGGUGGUGCUGGCAGCCAGCAGCCCGUAUUUCAGGGCAAUGUUUGCACAUGACCUUGAGGAGAGCAAACAAGAUGUCAUCACCCUGCAGGAUGUUGACCCCAUGGCACUGGGAAUGAUCAUCCUGUACAUGUACACCUCCAAACUGUACAUAUCAGAAGACAACGUACAGGACCUGCUCGUCACCGCCAAUAUACUCGGUAUAUCUCGUGUUUACGGUGCCUGCGUACAGUUUAUGUCGGCCCACAUCACCGUAAACAACUGUUGCGGCGUAUUCCAGUUCGGAAGCUGGUUAAACAUCGAGGAUUUAAUCAAGAAGGCGAAAGAGUGCAUCUGCGAUGGCUACCCGGAAGUCUGUAAGGGGGCGGAGUUUGUGAACAUGCCUCUUUCCUGUUUGAUUGACAUUCUGUCAGACGACAGUUUGAAUGUUGAGGAGGAGGAGACUGUGUAUGAAAGCGUCCUAACCUGGGUGAGACAUGACCUCGUUACUAGGGGUCAUCACCUUGGUGAUUUGCUCAAACAUGUCCGUCUUGCCAUUGUUCCUAAGGAAUACUUUGAAGAGGUCAUUGCCAAGGACAAGUUGGUGCUGGAGUCUGACCUUGGACAGGAGCUGAUCCUGAAGGUCAAAGACCAUCAUAAAAUGUUAGAAAAGGAGAAACAAAGAGUAGAAAUGGAACAAUCUGAGGCUGUUUGUGACAAUGAUUGUGUUGCUGUUUUACAAGGACCUUGCCUCCCAGGGUCUGGCCAGGGCUCUCAAAAUGAUGAACUAUCAUUGUGGAACAUUUUACCAUUUGCUGAAACAGCCACUGAUAAUAGUCUUAUUGAACUUAACACUUCAGUGAGAUUUGGCAUGUAUGUUGAAGACUUGUUAUCUUUCAUUGACGGACGGAACCCACCGACGUACUUCAACCCUGUUCAACACAAGUUUUACCUGAGCCAUAACAGGGAGGGUGGUGAAGUGACAAGGCGGAAGUGUCACAACAAUGCUGCAAUUUGUACGCCCGAUAACGAAGUGUACGUGGCCGGUGGGGUGAAUGUGAGAACGGGAGGGUCGCGCCGGGAACAGACUCAGUGUGAGCCUGACUUUCAUGUCUACGAUCCGCAGCAAGGGGCAUGGAUGGAGAGGAAAAGGAUGACCACAGCACGGUGCAUGUUCUCUAUGGGGUGUGCGGGAGGCAAGAUUUACGCUGUCGGGGGACGAGCACACUUCACCUACGCCAAGUGUACCUGUACCGUAGAGGCGUACAACAUACAGAACGACAGCUGGGAGUAUGUGAUCCCGAUGCCGUUCAAACUGUGUUCACAUGCAGUCGUGUCUGCUCGGGACAGGAUCUUUGUUCUGGGUGGGACAGAUGAAAAAGAUCAGGUUCAUGAUUCGACCUUGACCUAUGACGCUGAGUCAGAGACCUGGAGUGAGCUUGCUCCAAUGGGAACGGCGCGAUGCGAGUUCGGAGCAGCGGUGAUUGGGGAAGAAAUCUACGUAGUUGGUGGGAUCUCUCCACAGGGGCUGCUCUGUUCUGCAGAGGUGUACGACAUCAGGAGGGACAGAUGGCGGUACCUCCCAGACUUCCCCCAGGACAGGAAGUCCAUCAAACUGGCAGUACUGGGGGGUCAGCUGUACGCCUGUGGAGGUCAGGUCAUAGUUCAUAGGCCACAGGGCACCUGGUCGCUACGGAAUGCUCAUGACCUCUGGAGGUACGACCGCAGGAACCAGCGCUGGGAGUCUGUGGUGGACAGUAUCCCCUUCUCCACUACUAGUGUCUGUGUCACCUCCAAAGUUAGCAUUAAACACCUGCAUACUCAGGAAGAUUAAAGUUACUAUCUUUCAGACAUGCAGAAAAAUGAUGAAGGAUUUGGCAACUAUUAGCUUUAGGUAGCUUUAGUGCUACGGCAGUGGCGCAUUGACACACCCAAUCCCUCCAUCUCGGAA